AUUUUAAGAUUCAUUAUUUGUUGGUGUCUUCUAGACAUGUGGGCAGUUUUAUUAAAAUCAAAUUUGGAAAUAAACAUGUUCCUUGAUGAAUCGAAAUUAAUGUAUGAUUUAAAUUAUUGUCGUAGCUUUCAUGGAAUAUGGUAUUUUGCACCAUUGCGCCGACGAGGGGCGCGUUCCUUAGACGUAAACGGAUAGAAUGUCUCCAGCAAUUACCACUUCUAACUUAUCGCGUGUGACCUCUACGUCACGCGGCAGAUUUCGUUACGGACUUUAAUUGCAACCGUUUUAACGACAACUCUUUAUACCAGUUUGCGUGUUUCUAAUGCGUAGUCCUGCUGCUUUCAUGUCAAGAUCCGCUUCGAUGGAGGAAGAACAUUUCAGGCAAUUAGAUGUUAAAAAAUAGAAUGCCUGUUAAUUUUGUUUUUGUAAAUUAACAGACGAGUGCAUCGUGAUGAUCGUGCUGCAAGCAGAAAGCGAUUGUUUCCAAAAAAGUAAAAAAUCUUAUUUCAGAUAAGUAUAACAUGUGUAUAUAAAUGGGAUGGCACAAUCUUCGAAAGUCAUAAGUAUUAAAGAAUACUGCAUGUUCCAUAAUCAAAAUAUUAAUAUUUACAGAAUUAUUUGAAUGCAUCACUUAAUUUGCAAGAUCUCACAUGCUUUCCCAUAAAAUGUUUCAAAAGUGCAAACAAAAAUCAUGAGCAUAUUGCCAUUUGUUUUCCAAUUUUCCUCGAAGCGUCAAUACGAUUGAGUGGUCUAGAAAUAAGUUAUGUUGAAACGGAUAUAAGAAGAAAAAGAAUUAGAUAUUAUAUGCCGUACGUAAAUAAUGUAUGAAGCGAGAGAGAGAGAGAAGAAUGGCAAGUUGGAAAAAAAGAAGAGAACAGCAUCUGCCGUAGGGUCUGGGUAAUACAUUUGUUCGUUAACCGUCGCAAAGCCGUCGGGAUGAAAAAAGGAGAAUAAAAGAGGGUCAUGCUGAUGGUGUUCGUGCAAAUUUUUGUAUGAAGCGAUUCCGACGCGCGACGAUAAAAUUUACGUCACACUGGGGCGAGAGGAGAACGGUUAGGAGAAGAAGGGAGAGUGCUCUUUGGCUUGAAGAAACGAAUUAGCCAGCCGGCUUCAGACCGAUCGGGUCGACAACAUUGCCGCGGUGGGGAGGAACAAAAGUAUGGAGUAGUGGGUAGAGCACAGUGGGAGGGGUAGUGUGAUAGGCGGGGCAUAGUAGGGGAGGGGCGAGGACGUGGGCGAGACUUGUCAGUCGAAGACGUGGUGGGGGAAACUCAAAUGGGGCGGAGAGAAGUGGGUAUCCUCGUUAUUGUUCACAGUGGCGCGGAUAUCCAUGUAUUCGGAAUGUACACAGUGUCAAAUGGACCGUGAGGGCAUCUAUGUAAACAAAAUUUCGUAGAAGGUAAUAAAGAAGUUUUAUCAGUUUUCAUGCAAAAGAAUUUAUUAAAAAUAUCGUUUAUACAAAUUUACAAAUUAUUCUAAAACAUCUCCGUAAAAUAUUUGUAAUGUAUCAAUUAAGCAUUUUUAUUCACAUAUUUCUGACCAGAUUUAAUAGUAAAUAAUUUGACUUUGUGUCAAAUCGGCAAGUAGUUCUAAUAUCAUAUUGCUAUUAUUAUAAACAAGAUAUCUUUUCUCUUUCGUUUAAUACAUAUAUGUUGUGCGACCACAAAAAUACACAAGAUGUUGAUCCAACAACACAUGAUUGAUGCAAGAAGUUCCUCGAUAAUUAUCUUGUGCGUCUAAUCGUAAAUAGCAAAUAAGUUUGUUGAAGCGUGUUGAUGAAUUAGAUUAAAUUCAGCAAAAGGGAAAGAAUUAAAGAUUGACGGGUCUCGUCGCGAAACGGGAAUCCGAAGGAAGGCGCUCGUAGCAUUGAUCCGCAGGAAAUUCGCAUAGCCCCCUUCUACCCGUACCACUGCGAUAGUGGGGAUGACGGGACAGGCGGAAGGGAGUACUGUACACCUUACGCCAGUGGGCGGAGCCUUUGACCGAAGAGUUAAUAGAGAUACAAUCGAGGGUGUCUAGUGCACUGCACUCCGGACUGCGGCGUAGGAGGAGUGGAAGGACAGGGGUGAGGAGGGACAAGCGGUAAGUAGGGACCCCGGGUCCUCUAGUUUAGACAUCACUGAGCGACGGAUGGACAGCCAGUCAGACCCGUCACAGCACUCGCUGGAGUACUCGGAAACCUCGGGAAAAGCCGAUAGCAGGAGUCUCCGGUUUGGACCGGCUCCAAAGGAGCGAGCUGAUAAUUAACGCGUGGCGAGCCAUACCGGGCGCACGAGCAUUUCUGAAAGCGUCCACGUAAUUCUUUUGCGAUACAUUACGAUCACGAUGGAUUCUACGAUUACGAAGGGUUAAUCAGCAACAGAUGAUGGGAUCGUGCACUCACGAAGUGAUUCGUGCUGAGCUCCGAGGAAUGUAAGGGCACGGAUGAUGUGCUCGACAUAGUAUUGGUGACACGUGAACAGUGUUUACGAGUAAACUUUCGUUGAAUCGAACGGUUUGGAAAUUCAUAUUCAUUACGACGGACCUUUAACCCAUGCAAAAGCGGCUCGUUGACAAUAGUGAGCAGUGAAAGCAUGUGUUCUUCUCUUGACAUGAUCGCGUGGGACUAGUGCCGACUUUCUGUCUCAUCUGAUCGAACAAGGACACUUCGAUACAAGAGAUGAGUGUAGCUCUCGUGGCCAUGGGUUCGUACGCUAUACGACUGGGGGUUGACCAUCAUCAUUUUCAUCAUCCUCGCAUAUUGUCGCCACCGAGUGGCGCCCUGGUGCCGCACCAGGAUCACCAGCCAGAUCAUCAGCAGGAUACCGAGACGCCGUUGCGCUUCAGCGUUGUCAACAUCCUCAGGCCGGAAUUCGGUCGAGAGGCCAUCCUCAACACGAAGGUCACCAAGUCCAGCGGAUCUACCACCACUGCUGUUCCAGUGCAACUUCCGCGGCACAGCCCGCUUCCGUUGCCGCGUGACCUCAGCUUGUCGUCCACGCGACUGUCACCGCAGUCUCCGCAGUCGACGAGUUACUCGGUCCACAAAGAGAGGGACGCGUUCUCGUCACAUUGCGGACUUACGUCACCUUUGCAGAGGCACAACGGACUCAGCAGAAGCGGCAGUCUCGAGAGUCUUGCGUCCAGCAGAAGCUCGGUCACCAGCAGCUCGGUCACUAGCCCACCUUCCCUAUGCUCCGCAUCAUCCACGAUUGGCAGCGAUUCUCUCAACAACGACAACACGUCUGGCACCACCACCAGCACGCCGGCGAACCAAAAAAACGGCAGUAAUGGUCAGACACUGUGGCCCGCGUGGGUCUACUGCACCAGAUACUCGGACAGACCGUCCUCUGGACCGCGCACGAGACGAGUGAAACGUUCGCAGGAGGAGAAGAGCAGCUCGUCGGAAGAGAAGAGACCCAGAACGGCCUUCAGCGCCGAACAACUGGCCAGGCUGAAGCAUGAAUUCGCGGAGAAUCGAUAUCUGACGGAGCGGAGGAGGCAGCAGCUCUCACGAGAUCUCGGCCUGAAUGAGGCGCAGAUCAAGAUCUGGUUCCAGAACAAGCGGGCGAAGAUAAAGAAGUCGACCGGCCAGAAGAAUCCGUUGGCGCUCCAGCUGAUGGCACAAGGCCUCUACAACCAUUCCACCGUGCCGGUGGACGAGAACGGCGAGGAGAUCGUAACCGGAAGGAAUCAUUAAGAACUCGCACAAGUUCGGAGAGAAAUUCAGACGUAGUGACGAGUCCCAAAGAGUGGACCGACGUGUUGCUGUAGUCAUCUCUCUUGUAGAAGCCGUCGUCGGCAUUGAGCGCUGCCGACAACGAGAAAAUCGCUGAUGUAUUAUUUAUCACGGAAUUCCGUAAUGACACGCAGUCGUCAACGGUUAAAUAAAGACUGAGAAAAUUAAACAAAGAGGAUGACACGUGAGAAUGAUAGGCGGAGAAUAAUGAUAAUAGUGCAAUAUAGAAUUACCGAAGAACGAAUAUAUGUUUAACAAUAUGUUUAACGUACGUCGGUGUGGAAAGAUUAAAAGAUUUCUCAAAACUCCUUAAACAAAUCUUUAUGACCGUUUUGCAUGAGAUUGCAUAAAAGAAACGUUCACGUUUGCAAUAAAUUAUCCAGAUAUCAGGAUCUACAUAAAAAAUUAAAUUAUAUUAUACAAUUAAUUUUAGCUAGAAUGAAAAUGCAAAGGUUGUAGAAACAAGUCGAUGACUCGACUAUUAUUAAUAGUAUGCAACUAAGUACGCGCCAUGUUUUAUUUCGAUGAGCUUUGCGAGAGUUACUUUCAUCUAUCUACUGCCAGUACCUUAGAAAGGAACCUUUUUUUAUACAUGUCGCACGAUAUAAUAUCGUCAAGCAUGAUGCAAGUCAAAGUCGAGAAUAAAAUCGUUCGUAGCAUAAAAGAUCUAAAGUAUAAUAUAAAAUAUUAAAAUAUACGCGCACGCAUAGCGAGUAUAUCGUUGACUAGGAAUCAUUAAUUGAGAGCCGCUACAUUUAUGUAUUCACGUAGACACAAUUCGACUAGCGUGUAAGGUUCAUACGAGAGUUUCCUAUUGGUUUAAAUUAUUUAUUUGCAAUUAUUUAGUUGUACAUAGCGUGUAAAUAUAACUUGUGUAUAUGUACCAUAUAAAAUAUAGACUAGAGAUGCGGAUUAAUUAUACAUAUAGAAACGAUCUCACAUGUAUAUUCCAUAUUCUACUAUUUACCUAGGUACAUAUGUUAUACACAGGUAUAUGGCCAUGGAAAGUACGUGUAACGUAUAUAUCCCAGUGUUGCGCAAUAAGCGCAUGACCAUAAUAUCCCAUGUAAUCCGCUUGCAUUGCGUAGCCGAUUAAAUCGAAGUAAAAGGCAAUUUUAUCUCCU